AUGGCAGCGACAGCCAAAGGCCAAGAUGGCCACCUGCAGAAACGGUUCUCCAAACUGACCAUGAUUGGCAUGGCCUUUGCCAUCCUGAACACUUGGAUAUCACUUGCCGGCUCCAUCGGUUUGGUAAUGCCAUCCGGGGGAUCCGUCUCCUUCGUUUACGGAUUCAUCUUCUGCGUUCUGUGCAACAUCUGCCUGAGCUCCAGUGUCGGGGAGCUGGCAUCUCUCUACCCGACAGCCGGGGGGCAGUAUCACUAUGCAUACGCCUUGUCAACCCCGAAGUGGAGGAAGAUGACGAGUUUCUUCGUUGGAUGGGUCAACAUCGCCGGUUGGCUCACGCUCAACACCACGGCCGCGUACUUUGGAGCCCGCUUCCUCGCUGCAGCGGCGGUGGCCGCCUCUGGUGGUACCUAUCACAUUUCGCAAUGGUCCACCUACUUGAUGUUCGUCGCAGUCUCCAUCAUCGGCGUGUUCUUGAACAUCUUUGCCUACCCGAUCCUUAAUCGAUGGAACGAGGGAGCUUUGUAUUGGUCCUUGAUCAGCGUCGUUGUCAUCAGCAUCGUUCUGCUCGCGACAUCGCCCAAGAUGGAUGCUGAGUUCGUCUUCACCAACUUUUCCAACACCACCGGCUGGAGUGACGGUACUGCGUGGAUGCUUGGUCUUCUCCAGUCCGCCCUGAGCUUGAUCGGAUUCGAUGCCGUGGCUCACAUGACGGAAGAGAUGCCUCAUCCGUCCAAGGAUGCCCCGCAAGCCAUGGUCGGCGCCGUUCUCGUCGGUGGCACAACCGGAAUCGCCUUCAUUCUCGUCAUGCUCUUCUGUGCCGUCGACAUCGACGUUCUUCUCGCGUCGCCCACGCAGAGCCCCCUCACGGAAAUGAUACUGCAAGCCACGCGCAGCAAAGCAGCCGCCACUGUUCUCAGCGUUGCUGUGGCUCUCUGCUUCGUCAAUGGCGCCAAUGGUUGCGUCACAUCUGGCAGCCGUCUGGUAUGGGCGAUGGCCCGCGAUGACGGCACACCCUUCUCGAAAUACCUAUCGCACCUUCAUCCAAAGCUGAAUGUCCCUGUCCGGGCCAUCCUUGUCCAAGCAGUCUUUAAUCUCUUGUUUGGCCUCCUUUACCUGGGCCCUGAAGUGGCUUUCAAUGCCUACAUCGCAAGCUGCACUCUGUUCUUGAACCUCUCCUACGCGAUGCCAGUCAUGAUUCUCCUCGUCAGAGGCCGACAAAUGGUAACGGCCAACCCGCCCGAGUUUACUCUGGGCCGGGGCCUUUUCGGUUAUGUUGUGAACUGGACGUCGGUUCUCUUCGUCCUCGUGACCUCCAUCUUCUUCUGCUUUCCUCCUGCAAUUCCAGUCAACGUCUCCACCAUGAAUUACGUCACGGCCGUGGUUGGAAUUUUCGUUGUCUAUGCUAUAUCCUUGUGGUUUAUCAAAAAGAAGUCUUACAACGGCCCCAAGUUCGAACUCAUCCUCGGCGAGGAGCUUCCUGUGGCAAACCCUAUCACCAAAGAGCAUGCAUCAGGGAAAGAAGCAGAAUUCUUGCCACAUGAUAAGGAUUGA